AUUUUUGUGGUUGUGCUGUUUGUUUUUAGUAAUUUAAUGGUUAAUGACUUUGAUUAAUUUAUAAAUAUUAACAAGCUUGGCGGUUUUUGAGGAAUUGAAUGUUUUUUAACGAAUGUCUGAAAGUUUUUUAAGUCUAGUAUAAUGUCGGAUCGAUAUAUGCGUGAUGUUUUGCGGCUGGCGGUGGCACAAGUUUGUCUUACAAUUGGCUAUCAUGUUAUUCAAGGAACUCCCCUUGAGUUACUGCAAGAUAUAUUACAUAAAUUUCUUAAAGAGUUUGCGCGGGACUUAAAGCGGCAGGUUGAACAUUAUAAUCGAACAGAAGCAAAUAUGGAUGACACGUUUAUUACAUUAAGGAACUUGGAUAUUAAUAUCAAUGAAUUAUUGGAUUAUAUGUAUAAUGUUGAACCAGUGCAAUUAGCAAUUGAUUUACCAAAGUUUCCUGCACAUAAGAAUACAAAUCUUAAUUUUUUAAAGCCUGGAAGUAAGGAGGUACUUAUACGCCCAGUGCAUAUAUAUGAAUAUCUUCCCCCUAUGCUACAAUCUAAUUCUUCGACCUAUAAAUUGAUUUCGAAUAGUUUGACUAUCCAAGUACCUAAAAGCUUAGAACGAUACCAGAUUACAUGUGGAAAUUCUGUGGGUGCUCCUAUGGUUUCAAAUAAGCGAUUGUUGGAGUCUAUGUCCGGCUCUGAACUCUCCACGGUUUGCUUAAAAACUCCGGCUAGUUGCACUCUUAUUCUUGACGAUGAAGGACGGCCAACCAGAGAAAUAAGCAGUGUUGUUAUGACGACUGGAGGAUUUAUAUCGCCUGCCAUUGAGGGCAAAGUUGCAGAUACUUUAAUACCAAAAUUUGUUGAAAAACUUCUGGGAUUGGAUUCCCCCCCAGCCCUCUCACCUCCUCCAACACCAAUUGGUGAAAUGAACCGUGCUAAAGACCGUAAACAGCACGGCAAUGAUACUGUUAUUGGCUGUUCAUCGCAGUCUGAUAAAAUGUCUACAAUUAGAACUCAGCUACUGGAAGGUGACAGGCGAAGCAUUUGUUUGGGAUCACACUCCAAGGAGUGUUUAACAAAUAGAAGCGCUGCAGUGUCUGAUAUAGUGAACUCAAUUGUUCCCAAGAAGUCAGUGCAAAGUCAUAUAACUCAACAUGUUAUGCAAGUGCCCACGCUUGCUUCAAAGUUGCUAAAGAAAGCUAAGAAGAAAAAUGUGCUGAACUUUCAAAAUUCUUUAACAAGCAAUCCUAAUGGACCGGAGCAAUAUAAUGCCGAAGCUACAUUCGUUUCAUAUAGAGCAGCGGCAACGGAAAAAACUCAACGUAAAAGUAAAAAGAACGUGCAAAAGAUGUUUAAAACGGAAAUAGACCCGUCGGCAAUGUCCUCCGACUAUUCUAAUACUGUCCUUCAGCGACUGAAAAUAGAAAAGUUCAUAAAAAAGCAAUCAAAAUACCAAAAGAAAUUAUUGCAUAGACAAAAAAAUAGCAACCAGACGAAAAACAACUCGAAUACAAGUUUAACUACGAUAUCUCAAAAUGAAUUAUCUUUACCAAUAUCUGAUCCGCAAUUACCAACAGAUGUACCGUUUAUGGAGGAUAGUAUUCCCGUUCGUGUUUCGCACGAAGGGGCACAAACAUGCUUGACCACACAUUUUUCGCUAAGUCCACAACCAAGUCCUGCACCGCAGUCAAUAAUGCAAGACAAUAUUUCAAAUGAUGACUCCAGAAAUAUUAAUGAAGUGGGCAUUGGUAACACACAAAUGCCAGCAAUAGUAACCCUAUCUUAUGAUAAAAGAUCCUUACCAGGUGCCAAAUUAUCGGCAGAGCUUGAUAGAAACAAAUUAAAUAUUUUCAAAAAAAUCUCUAAACCAAAAACACAAAAAUCUCCAAAUAUAAAUCAUAUAACUAAUAAUAAUGGUCAUCUAAUUAGUUUGCCUUGUGGAACUACUAUCACGCCAGCUCCAACAACUUCGAAACGCCUGAUAUUUGCUGAAGGAAGUUUAGUUAGCACUGAACUAACUGAAAACUCAUUGAAUGCGUUGUUAAAUUGUGAUUUUAGAGGCUCAUUGGACUUGUCGAACAGUUCUUCUCCGGGGGAUAUUAAGCCUAACGUUUUAAGUAAUACAAGUUCGCAUGUUGAAGGACUGAAUAAACCUAAAAAACGCGGCCGCAAGCCGGGAAGCAAGAAUUUGCCGAAACCAGCAAUGGUAACACCUAAAAACAUCACCGAUAUAGCACAUUCGCCGAAAGUAAAAAAAUUUAAAAAUUUUAAAUACGACUAUUCCUAUCCCCUUUUAUUUGAAAACGCAAAUUUGGUGUCAGAUAAAAUGAAUACUGGUAUUGCAUCAAAUAAUCUUAUUCCGAAUAUAUCCCAUGGAGAAUAUGUAGGUACAUCGGAUCUUGCAGCAAAAUAUAAUCGAAAAGAACGAAAAAAAACGAAAUCGAAAAGCCUGACCUUGAAUAUGUCGACUGAAUCAAACCUGUUCAAAACUGAUGCAGAAGGUCCCUCGAAGGAAGAAGUUAACACUAUAAACAAAAAACUAAUGCGCAUGGACACUGUUUUAGAAUCAUUGGGAACGCUUAAUCAAGAACCAAUAGAAACAGAUAUUGAUAUUACAAAAUCACAUAUAACAAAAUCUUCAUCUUAUAAGUCAUCAACGUCCAAGAAGCGAUCAUCUUCUCAGGGGUCCCUUCUGCAACAGCCGGAUUCCAACUUAAUACCCAUUUUGCCUUCUAGUAAAUUUUUGCCCGCGGCUGGGCUUGUUAAAAUGCCUGAUUUACUCAAGCUUUGCCCUUUUCCGCCAGGACCAGGACUUAUACCUCCUACGGCACAAAAUUUAUUGUUUCCUCGUUUACGUCCAUCAAUUCCAUUAACUUUACCGAACUUUCAACCGUAUGGAGUUAUCAAGCCCAUAAACCCAGAAUCUCCCCCUAAUUAUCUGGAUCCUUUUUUAUCACAACGGAGUGCAGAACGUAACUAUUGCAGUGUACCACCGUUUGUUCCCGAAUCGAUGAAAUUGGCACCAAUAUCUGAAAUAAAAAAGUCAGAAAGAGACUGUCCAAGAACUUCUAAAUUUCAGCAGUCGAAUACCGAAGGUGAAAAAAUUCCAAAAACACCUGAUACUUGGGAAACACAUGAAAAGACAACACCAACACCGACAGGUGGUAUUCCGAUCAAAGCAUGCGAGCCUCACUUGCAAAGUGAGCUUCCUAUAAAAUCUCCAAAUGCAAGUACAGAAAAUCAACCCUUUUCUGGUGGUAUGUUUUCGCCAAAUACAUCGCCUAACACAGCUUUAGUAAAAUCUUCUAUAGUUACACCAAUGUUAAAUACAGAUGAUCCUAUCGAGCUUUCCGAUGAUUCAGUUGACUGCUCGUCAACAACAGUGCUUGAUAUGCUAUCUUCAAAUAAUCGUAAAGAAUUAAAUCUUCUUUUUCCUCAAAUGGAAGAUUACAUGUCUAUAUCAAAUGACCCAACGAGUUGUCGAGAUCAAAAGAAGUCAAAAAAGACUAAUAAAUUUAUUAAGAAUUCGAAAAAUAAAAUCUCUAUUCCAACGGAUAAUCUACCUCAAUUAGAUCUGCUAAGUACGGAGAAAGGUGGCGUUGGUAAAUUAGCAGGUGGAUCCGAUUUAAUACCUCUUAUAUCAACUGGUUCGGCAUAUUCUGCGAAAACCAUACCCUCAACAAGUUUAACAGCAACCGUCGCAUCUUCAUUCUCUUUAUCAAAAUCAGACAUUUACCCAUCUAAUGCAUUUGAGAAUUCGUUAUCAUCUACAAACAUAGAAGGUAACGAGGUUUUUUCCUUAAAUAUGGAACUACUAAGAAAAAAGAAAGAUCAUAAAAGAUUAAAAAAGUUGAAAGAGGACAAAGUGAAAAAGAAAAAGGAUAAGAGGUCUAAAAACAGAGAGCGCUUGGAUCAUCCUGAUAAGGGUCUACAUUGGAGCGAAAAGAGUUGUAAAGAUAAACUUAAAGAAGCCUUACAUUGUAAUGAAGAUCAGCAGGAAAUUAAGAAAGAUUUAUUGAAAAAGCUGAAGAAAGAUAAAAAAAAAAAAUAUAAGCAGCUGAUCAAGGAUUCUAUCGAACAGGCCAACAUAACGCAAGUUAUGGAUUCAAUUGAAAUGGGUGGCGUUACCAAAUCUACUAACACUGUGUUUUUGUUUGGUGGUGCGUUACAAAAUAUACCGAAUAUAACUAGUUCGACACAAACGUUUGUACCGAAACUAACCCUUAAACUUAACUGCUCACAAUCGCCUACCCCGGUUGACGACAUUGUACAAAAGAAUUCUUCUUUGAUAACUUCAAUUGCUGCCAAUGAAUAUCGAAGAAAGAAAGAGCCAUCGCCGGAGCUGGCAAGAAUUUCGCCAUUAAUAACUCGACCUCCAAAACAAAAAUUUGGUAUUGCCGAAACUUUAACGUCAUCCAUGAAUAUAAAUCAAAGCGCUUCAAUAAGUGCAAUUGCUAGCAAUACCAACAAUUCAGUAGUAGAAAAAAAUGUUAAUGCCUUGAUAACACCAAAAAAUUCGAACGUGCAUUCCAUCGCCCCUCCCCCUAGUCCUUGGUCGUCAGGUGGCACAAUAUCAGCAAGUUCAGUUUUGCUCCCACAGCAAUUAUUGCAAUCUUCAAAGAUCCAGGAGCAACUAAGUCACAACAGUAGUGCAGAUGGUGGGCUAAUUUUAAACGCAACUACCGCUUCUCGUCAGUUUUCCUCCGCCGAUCAUCAAAGUCCUGUUCCUUUGAUUUCAGAGACAAGCCGUCCGUCAUCGUAUAUCGAUGCUGAGGGUAAUCGAGUGUGGAUUUGCCCUGCAUGUGGCAAAGUUGAUGACGGCUCUCCCAUGAUUGGCUGUGAUGGCUGUGAUGCCUGGUACCAUUGGAUAUGCGUUGGAAUAUCUGUUGCCCCGAAAGAUAAUGAAGACUGGUUUUGUCGCGUUUGCAUAACCCGCAAGAAAGGUGUCCAUGCCACUGACAAAAAACGAAAACGGAAUAAAAAAAAGUAAAUGUCAGUUUUGAGUAAUUAAUCUCAAAUUUUCACUCAAAUUUCACAAGUAGUAUUAGUAUUAUCACAUCAAUUUAAAAAAAAAAUGUUUCAAAGCCUUUAAUAAUCUAUACCAAACAUAAAUUAGUGGUUUAUUUCCUUCAUGUUCUAAUUUCCAUUAAUUUGAUUUUGUUGUGUGCUUUUUUGCAAUUGAAAAAUUCAUCGUUAUUAAAUUUGUGUGCAUUUUAUAUAUAAAACGGAGGAUUAUGGUUCAAAUACACCAAGUAAUGCUUGCAAGUAUAUUCAUAGGGAAUCAGGACUGACUUCAAUUUAAUUACUUACUCAUCAUCUAUUUAAUUUCUCCGCAUGCUGCCACCAGCACGCUUAAACUAUUCAGGUGGUUAAAACAGCAAAUAUAAAAUGAUGUGAGCAAAUAUAAUUUUUUUUUUAAUUUGGACAUAAUGGACGUUUACUUACUUACUUUACUGGCGUAGACACCGCCUACGCGAUAUUAACCGAAUUCGUAACAUCACGCUAUUCAUUCCUUUUUCUCGAUGCUUGGCACCAAUUGAAGAUACCAAGUGAAGCCAGAUCCUUCUCUUACUGGUCUUUCCAACAGAGUAGAAGUCUCCCCCUGCAGAACGUAGUUAUUGCAAUGUACCACCGUUUGUUCCCGAAUCGAUGAAAUUUUCACCACCAAUAUAUGAAAUAAAAGUCAGAAAGAGACUGCCCAAGAACUUUUAAAUUUCAGCAGUCGAAUACCGAAGGUGAAAAAAUUCCGAAAACACCUGAUAUUUGGAAAACACAUGAAAAGACGACACCAAAACCGACAGGUAGUAUUUCGUUGAAAACUUGCGAGCUUCACUUAGAAAAAAAUCUCCAUACGCAAGUACAGAAAAUCAAGCCUUUUCUGGUGGUAUGUUUUCGCCAAAUACAUUGACUAACACAGCUUUACACCAAUGUUAAAUACAGAUGAUCCUAUCGAGCUCUCUGAUGAUUCCAUUGAAUGCUCGUCAACAACAGUGCAUGAUAUGCUACCUUCAAAUAAUCGUAAAGAAUUAAAUCUUCUUUUUCCUCAAAGGGAAGAUUACAUGUCUAUAUCUCUAUUCCAACGGAUAAUCUACCUCAAUUACAUCUGCUAAGUACGGAGAAAGGUGGCGUUGGUAAAUUAGCAGGUGGAUCCGAUUUAAUACCUCUUAUAUCAACUGGUUCGGCAUAUUCUUCGAAAACCAUACCCUCAACCAGUUUAACAGCUACCGUCGCAUCUUCAUUCUCUUUAUCAAAAGCAGACAUUUACCCAUCUAAUGCAUUUGAGAAUUCGUUAUCAUCUACAAACAUAGAAGGUAACGAGGGUUUUUCGUUAAAUAUGGAACUACUGAGAAAAAAAAGAGGACAAAGUGAAAAAGAAAAA